AUGGCCCCGAGCACCACCUCGACAGAACGCCAACCCCUCAAAAUACUCAUGUUACACGGCUACACACAAUCCGGCAGUCUCUUCCGCGCCAAAACCGGCGCAUUAGCCAAAGCCCUCACCAAAGCCUUCCCCCUACACACCGUCUCCCUCUCCUACCCGACAGGUCCCUUACGCCUCACCCCCUCCGACGUCCCCGGCUACACGCCCUCCUGGAACGACCCCGUCGCCGAAGCCAACGAAAUCGAAGCAUACGGCUGGUGGCGCCGCUCAAACACCGCAAAUCCACCGGAGUACGUCGGCAUCAACAACGGGCUUGCCACGGUCGCGAAGACGCUCAGGGAAGAAGGGCCGUUUGAUGGCGUAAUUGGGUUUUCGCAGGGUGCCACGAUGGCGUAUAUGGUUGCGAGUUUGUUGGAGGAGGAGAGGAAGGGUGCCUUUGAUCAUUUUGCAGCGCUUGGUAGUGCAAGUAAUGGUAAUAGUAGUUGUAAUGGUGAGGACGGCGGUAUUACUGGAAUUCCAUUCCCAGAAGAAUUCGCCCCUGAGAAUACUGGUAAUCAUCCACCUUUCAAAUUCGCCAUUCUGUAUAGUGGGUUUCGAGCGCCGGGGUCCAGGUAUCGUGGAUUUUAUGAGAAUCCGCAGCUGAGGACGCCCGCGUUGCAUGUUUUGGGGACGCUGGAUGCAGUUGUCGAUGAACAGCGGGGUCGAGAGUUGAUGGCUGCGUGUGCAGGUGAUCCAGAAAAGGAUGGGAGGGUGGUGUUUCACCCCGGUGGCCAUUUUGUGCCGAGUCAAAAGACUUAUUUGGAUGCAGCGGUGGUGUUUGUGAGAAGGUCACUAGAGGGUGGGAAUAAAAAGGAUGGAGAGGAGGAAAGGGUCGAGGAUAUGGAUAUGCCGUUUUGA